AUGGGUCGUAUGCACACUCCCGGCAAGGGCAUUUCGUCCUCUGCCUUACCAUACCGUCGUACUCCUCACUCAUGGGUCAAGACUUCUCCUGAAGAUGUCGUAGACCAAAUCUGCAAACUCGCAAAGAAGGGCAUGAGUCCAUCUGCCAUUGGUGUUCAACUGAGGGAUUCUCAAGGAAUUGCUCAAGUAAAAAGUGUCACUGGUAACAAGAUUCUUCGAAUCCUGAAAAAAGAAGGUCUUGCCCCAGAAAUUCCAGAAGACUUGUACCAUCUCAUCAAGAAGGCUGUCGCCGUCCGCAAGCACAUGGAACGUCAUCGCAAAGACUGUGACUCCAAGUUCCGUCUCAUUUUGAUUGAAUCCAGAAUCCACAGAUUGGCUCGAUACUACAAGACAGCCGGUCAGUUGGUACCAAACUGGAAGUACGAAUCGGCCACUGCAUCUACUCUCGUUGCAUAA